GAGGUUUUUGCAUUUCCAAAGAUGGACGUUUCGCCGGCGAUAUGCGAUCAAAAUGUUCCGGCGGAAGACACGGAGGAGAACGAGGAAGAUGAAGAAUUGUGCCGGAUUUGUCGAUCACCGGAGGAGCCUGGUAACCCAUUGAGGUAUCCGUGUUUGUGUCGUGGGUCUAUCAAGUAUGUUCAUUAAGAUUGUCUUCUUCUUUGGCUGAAUCGUCGCGGAUACAAGAAAUGCGAGGUUUGUGGGCGUAGCUACUCUUUUGUUCCGGUUUAUUCCGAGAAUGCUCCGGAGAGGCUUCCCUUUAACGAAUUUGUGAUUGGAUUGUUAUUGAGAGCUGUACGUUACUUGAAAUUGAUUGUUCCUUGGAUUCUGGUGAUCCUCUUCAACACUUACUGCAGUUCUUUACAUCCUUUGGGACGAGCAUUUGCUGCUGACUUCCAGAAUGGUUUUUGGAUGUCUCCCAACUCGGCUUCUUUGUGUGUUGGUCUGCUAUACAGCCUUAUGAUCGUGUGUUUCAUGACCAUUGUCACUAUUCUGAGGAUGGAAGUAGGAGAUCUAAAUCUCAUGGGAUUUCCUGAUGGGGUUCACGCUGAGAAUUUUAACCUACUACUACUACAACUACAAGGGGUUAUUGGUGAAGUUGUGAAGGUCUUAUUCAAAUAUACGAAGAUCCUUUGUGAUUGGUAUUUUUAUAAACUUUUCUAUAUCUUGGGGCAACCUGGUCGACCAGUACGUUUUCCUCCAAAUGCGCCACUUCAAGAAUUUGGGGUUAUCCGGAGGCUGCUUUUCUUUAUGGAUGAUGAUGCCUUUGCUGGUCUUGCCAUCAGCGUAUAUGUGUCUAUCCUCUUUGUUCUUAUACCAUUUUUGAUUGGAUGGACUGUAUUAGCAACUGUUGGAGGCAGCUAUCUAUUCGGAAACUCUCCUGUUAUUCUUGGAAGCAUAAUGAUGCUGUCAGUUUCCUAUGCUUACUUUGGAUUCCUCUUCACUCUUCGUCAUUACUCAUUUCCAGCCAUAGUCAGGUGGUUUUCACUGGGGUUUCACUUCAUAACAGUGAUAUUGCCAUGUCUCUUGUGGGGUUUCUCAGUAAAAGCCUGCAAAAACUUGUUUCUCGUUAAGGAUGCUCUCGUCUUGUGCUUCAAAAUUUGUGUUCUGCCUUGGAUGAUUGGAUGGUGGCUCGAAAUCUGCACCUCCCCAUUGUUUGGAACCACAAUUUCCCGAAGAUUUGAGAUUCUUUCACACUUCACACUGAUCCUUCGUUGGUGGUCAGGGUUCUGUUGCUUGGUAAUUGCAGACUCUUACAGGGAACUCAUCCAGAAGAUCAUUCAUAAACGAGCCUUUUGGUAUCUCCUAGAUGUCACAGAUCCAGAGUACAAGAUCACCAAAUUGAAUUUUGGUUACACUUUCUUUGUGCUGGCUUCUCAUGGGGUAUUGUUGGUGAUUUUGGCUCACUUACCAAUUAAAGCAAUCACUCGUAUCAGCCCAUCAUUUUUCCCUCUUGAUUUAUGGGUUACCCAAGAAAAGCCAUUUUUUGGUGCAUACUCAAUUUAUAUCAACCUAAUAAGAUACGGUAUCGAAUGGUUAAUCGAUCAAAAUAAACCAGCUAUCCAAAUCGUAAUUCACAACUGGAUUACAACUGUUAGUUCUUGGCUUCAGCUGAGAGAUUUCUUGCUCGUAAAUCCCCGAGGAGAGGGCUUUCACCGUGCUGAUCAGAAUGUGAGACCAAUGAUGGAACCAAGAAGGCCAUAUGAUAUUAAUCGAAUGUUUCUAUUGUAUACCAUAGCUGAAGGCUCAGUGGUCAUUAUGCAUGAAUAUCAGAAUACUGAAGAUGAGGAUCACGACCAAAGAGAUGACAGGUUUCUUCCGAGGAUUGCAUUGAUGUUGGUGCUAGCCGCUUUGAGUUUGUUCCUCAUGAGCACAGCCUUCAUGGCUUUGCCUAUUUUGGCGGGAAGAAUUUUCUCUCACUCUAUUUCUUUCAUCAUGCUAAGAUUUGGAGUCAAACAUGACGGUUUGUUGUUAAUCUAUAUCAGCACUUGCUUUGUAUCUGAUCAUAUUCAGAAGGGAAGAACGGAUUUGCUUCUCAAGUAUAUCUUGAUACGGACAAGAAAUGGCCUGUUUUUCACCAUCUGGAUCACUGUCAUACCGGGAUUGCUUGGUCUACUUAUCGAUCUUAUGAUCAUCAUCCCAUCACGAGUGCCACUAAAUGAAUCAGCGGUUUAUUUCUUGAUCCAAGAUUGGUUAAUUGGGGUAGUGGUGCUUCACAUAUGGACCUUUCUGACAAUGUUCACACCAGUCAGCUAUUUUACGACUAAGGCAUGGCGGGGGAAGUUUGAGAGAAUCAGAACCGUGGGGAUCAAUAGACUUCCUUCAAUGUGGCUGCUUCGAGAUGUGAUUGGUUCCAUCGUAAACACACUCCUAACUACACUCUCCAUCCCUUACCUGCUUGCCAAGGCUCUGUUCCCGUUGCUUGGAUAUCCCCAAAGCAUCAACUCAGCUGUUGAACGAUUUAUUUGGCCGGCGUUAUUAGCUCUGAUCACGGUCUGGUUAAUGGCGAAGCUAACACGUCAUGUUAUUAUCUACCUUCACCAGAUGGUCUUCAAUGAACGAUAUCUGGUAGGUGAAAGAGUGGACAAUCUGACUGAAGAAGAUGUAGAGCAAAGGAUAAUCAUCUAUGGAGUAUGACCAACAAGGACUCUUUUUGCUUUCUGUUCAUAGACAAGUCGAUAUGCAUGUUAUUAUUAUCUUUAGGUUUCUCACUUUUACAGUAAUUAGAGGAAACCAAAUUUUGAGAGUAGAGACAUGUUGUAUAGUGUUUUUCUUUUGAC